AUGGCUUCCAUUCUUACAAAUGUCGCGCAGGCUGCGCACUCUGCCGCUGCUGCGGUGCUCAGCGCUGCCCAGAUCGAGGUGGGCGAGCCAAUCCCCCAGAAGCUUGUGAAAGAAGAAGAUCCCGAGCGCUCCACUACGCUCGAUCUCUCUGGCAAGAAUAUCAUUCUUGGCGUUCCUGGGGCGUUCACACCGCCGUGUAGCUCCCAGGUCCCGCAGUACAUCGCAGACUACGACAAGUUCAAAGCUAAAGGCGUGAAAACAUCUAUGUUGUUGCUGGCUUGGAAAGAAAAACUUGCUCCACAGGGCACAGGCGUCCGUUUCAUUGCGGAUGAUAAAGGGGAGUUUACCUCCAGUGUGGGACUCCUUUUUGACGCCCCUGGCCUUCUAGCCUCACCUAGAUCCAAGCGCUACGUCAUUGUGGCCCAAGAUGGGAACGCCGACUUCAUUGCAGUGGAAGAGCAGCCUGCGAAUAUCACUUCCACCGCUGCAAACGUUGUUAUUGCUCAGCUCUGA